CAAAAGAAUUGGAAAAUGGACUGGAGAAAGUUACGCAAAAUUCAUUAUUUAAGGAUGGGUUAAUUUUCUGCCUCAGAUCCAGGACAAUUCAUGAUUCAAAAAUAGGUAGUGCAGAAGCAGAUCCAGUUUCAUCAUUCAAUGAUUAUAAGCGAGGUGAAGCAGUAGAAGAGGUAUCCUAUUUUUCUUCACACUGCUUAGAGUCUGAACCUGAUGAAAGAAAAGUAAAAGAUGAGAUAGGGACUCAAAGAGACCAUCUUCAUGUUGAUCAAAAAUCAAAAGAAAAACAUGAUAGUAUUUCAACCUCGCCCAUUAUUAUAUUAGGAGCUG